GUGGUGGUGGUGGCAGUGGCCAUUAGCCGCCAGCCGCCACAACAAGACAUGGAAGCUGGUGGGAACUCAACUCCAAGAAAAGUAAUGUUGGUUGCAGACCCUACCAGGGAGUCAGCUGGUGCUCUUCAAUAUGCACUUUCCCAUGUUUUGGUUGAGCAGGAUGAGCUAAUAUUGAUCCAUGUUGAGCAUCAGUCUGCAUGGAAAAAUCCAUUUGCAACUCUUCUCAAAAAACAAACCUCUUCUUCUAGCAAUCAAACGCCUUCUGCCUUGUGUUCCUCCUCUGACGGUGGAGCACCUGCGGCCGGAGAGGAGGAUUUUCUUGAUCAAAUGAAGCAUGCAUGUGAGGUUGCUCAACCCAAAUUGCAGGUUAGUGUUUCGAGGGUGCAAAUGGAUGCCAAUAACAAGGCUGCUGUUAUUCUUUCCCUCACCAAUAUGAUUGGAAUUGAUCUUCUUGUUAUAGGACAGAGACGAAAUCUCUCCAAUGCUAUACUAAGAUAUAAGCGGCCAGGAGGAGCAUCAAGAGGGGCAAGGGGAAUGGACACAGCGGAGUAUUUAAUAGAGAACAGCAAAUGCACUUGUGUUGGAGUUCAGAGAAAAGGGCAAAAUGCAGGCUAUCUUCUCAACACGAAAACCCAUAAAAAUUUCUGGCUCUUGGCAUAGCCAUUCAUUACUGUAAUCUACAUAUCAUUUCUUCUGUAAGGAGUUUGCUUUCUCUGGUUUAUGAUUUGUCAGAACUUUUUUUUGGCACAACAAAAUAUAUACAGCAAUUUACCAU